GAUUAUCAUUGUCGGGAAAUAUAUUUGGGACUGCCUCGCCUCCAUUUCUCUUUCAUACUGCUCUCUCUGUGUUUUCCUUUACCUUCCUUCUUGCUUCUAUCUUUCCUCUUUGAUUGUUUCUAAAAGCCCAAAAAAAACCCAUCUUUCUUAUCUUUUCUUUGAUCCUCGAGAACCAACAGAAUGCUGAAACUAACCAAACCCGUAUAACAAUUCAUCUUCUACCAAAUGGGUUCUUCCAGAACCUGAUUUUACCCCUUAUUUAUCUAUCUGUCUCCUCUUUCUCUCUCUAGGAAUUGUUUUUCAGAGAUGGGUGUUGUGUUGGAGUUGUGGGUUAUCUUCAUUUUCCUUCUUGUGUUCUCUUCACAAGUUCAGGUUUCGAAUUCCCAAAACCUGACUUGCAAUUCGAACGAUCUCAAGGCACUAGAGAGUUUCUUGGUUGGGUUAGAUUCAGGGACUUUUAAUGAUUGGGGAAGCUCAAAUUCAACUUCUACAAACUCUAAUUGCUGUAAUUGGUUAGGAAUCACCUGCAAUUCUUCUGCUUCUCUUGGUUUUCUCAACGAUUCUAUCGAUUCUGGUAGGGUUGUGAAAUUGGAUCUCUCACGGAAGAGAUUGACGGGCAAACUCAACGAAACUACUUUCACUGGUUUAGACCAACUCAGAACCCUAAACCUCUCAAACAAUUUCCUCCGAGGCUCUCUUCCUCCAUCUCUGUUUCAAAUGCCGCAUCUACAAGUCAUCGACCUCAGCAAAAACGGUUUCUCUGGUUCAAUUCCGAUGAAUUUCAACCUCCCUUUUCUCGAGAUCUUCGACAUUUCUUAUAAUUCAUUCAAAAGCUCGGUUCCUGUGAAGAUUUGUAUAAAUUCGACUCGAAUUCGGGUCAUUGAUUUUGUUGUGAAUUACUUCCUUGGUGGAAUUCCAUCUGGGUUUGGGAAUUGCAGCUCCUUAGAACACCUCUGUCUCGGUGAAAAUUUUCUCACCGGACAUAUACCGGAGGAUAUUUUCUUGCUACCGAGAUUGAAUCAGUUGGGUCUUCAGGAUAAUCAGUUUACGGGUCAGCUCAGCACUGGAAUUGGUAAUCUCUCUGAUCUUGUUCGUUUGGAUAUAUCAUUGAAUUCGUUUUCAGGGCCUAUUCCUGAUGUUUUUAAUAGCUUUACAAAGUUACAAGAAUUUUAUGCUCAAUCCAAUAAUUUUUCUGGUGGAAUUCCCAAUUCUCUGGCGAAUUCUAGGACUAUCACUUCACUUGUUUUGAGAAACAAUUCUCUGAAUGGUGUAAUUGAUCUGAAUUGUUCCAAAAUGAUCAGUCUGAUUUCGCUCGAUUUAGCCACUAAUCAGUUCAUCGGGCCAGUUCCCAAUAAUCUCCCACUCUGUCCGCACCUGAAAACAAUUAAUCUUGCGCGAAACAACUUCACUGGCCAAAUCCCAGAAAGCUUUAGGAAUUUUCGUGGCCUGUCUUCAUUUUCCAUAUCGAAUUCGAGCAUUUUUAACCUCUCAGCUGCCCUUGAUAUCUUGCAGCAUUGCCAGAACUUGACUACUUUGGUUCUUACCUUGAACUUUCAUGAUGAACAAUUGCUUUCCUAUCCUAGACUAGGGUUUAAAAAUCUGAAGGCUCUCAUUAUUGCCAAUUGCAGACUCACUGGUGUGUUUCCCCAGUGGUUGAGUGGGUUAACAAAUUUGCAGUUGUUGGAUUUAUCAUGGAAUCGAUUGGAUGGAACAAUUCCGCCAUGGUUGGGUAAUUUUGAGUUUUUGUUUUACAUUGACUUGUCGAGCAACUCUUUUACCGGAGAGAUACCGAAGAACCUGACUGGAUUAGGGAGCCUCAUCUCCGGGGAUGUCUCACUGGAAGACCCUUCUCUGGAUUUCUCAUUCCCAUUUUUUGUGAAACGAAACAUUAGCGGAAGAGGGUUGCAGUACAAUCAAAUUCGGAGCUUUCCACCAAAAAUUGACCUCAGCAAUAACUUUCUCACCGGACCCAUCUGGCCCGAGUUUGGGAACCUGAAAGGGUUGCAUUGGUUGGACUUGAAAUGCAACAAUUUAUCUGGAAGUAUUCCUGUGAAUUUGUCGGGAAUGACUAGCAUAGAGACUUUGGAUUUGUCCCAUAAUGGUCUCUCUGGAACUAUACCUCUUUCAUUGGUAAAUCUUAGCUUUCUGUCGAAGUUCAAUGUUGCUUACAAUCAACUGUAUGGGGCAAUCCCUACUGGAGGGCAGUUUCCAACUUUUCCAAACUCAAGCUUUGAAGAGAACCUAGGUCUAUGUGGUGAACUUUAUUCCCCGUGUCCGAUUAGCAAUCAAGUUCCUCAAGUAGUGUCUCCUAGCAAGUCGAUGUGGGGAGAGAUUAUUAUCAAAAUGUCGUUUGGGAUUGGAUUUUCGACUGGAUUUGGGACAACUUUUGCUGUUAUGUUCUUGUGUGUUCUAAACAAAUUAACAUUUUACAAAAUUUGACCUACGAAGAGGUCCCAUGAUAUAUGUACAUAUGCAUACAUAUAAAAGAAGGAAUCAUAUUCUGGUGAACGAACAAUUGAUAUGAUGAUUGAAAUA